AAACACUAGUGACAUUGUCAUAAGAGUUGCAUGGGUUUUUCAACAGGUGUAAAAGUCGUCACGUGAGCACAUACUCAGUGGUUGAGAUCUUCCCGCCAAAUUCAAUUUGCAUGACUGAAUUUGUAACAAACGAAAGACGCGAUGCGUGACGGUAGUUGUCAAUCAGUUAAAGUGGUAAAGUGGAGGCGUAACUGCUGAGCUAAUUUCAGUUCUCUGUGGAAAUGACGGCUCUAUUAUUGUGUGGACGAGAGAGAGAUACAAAGAGAGUGUCAAGUGUGACGAUAUUAUAUUGGCCAAAAUGUAAAUCUCAGCAAAACAUGUCCGUCCACCAGUUGCUUCAGCAAAUUCCUGUGUCGCAGAAGAAGAGUUAGCUGAUCUUUUUCUCAUAAACUGAUGCAUAAUCUUGUCGUUGUUACUUCUACGUAGACGUUCUUGUUACGUGUGGUUGUGUCUAAAAUAUGCAGGCGUAUACCUGAAAGUUUCGUCGCCGGUUAUUUUCUGUGUUUUCAGUACACACCCACUUAGCGCACUACGGUUUCGUGACUUUGGUGAUUACAUUUAAUAUUUUCGUUGUGAAAGAGGACCGCAUCCACUACCGUGACAUACAAACCGGAAGAUGGCCCACGCGAAUGAUACAAGCUUUAUACCAGACCUCCCAUCAGGACCAUUAGAUGAUUACAGGAGGAAAGCAUCAUUUGACUGGAAAAAGAUGAAGUUGGUAUUUGAAAAACCAGAUGUACUGAAACUAAAGAUGAAAGUAUGGGAAACUCUCAAAUCUGAUGUGCUUUUUCAACAUUUAACUACUACUCCAAGUGCUGAAGAACAAAAACAUAGAGCUGCUCUCCAGUUGUCAAAGCUGCAUCAGUACCGAUUUUAUACUGAUGAGAUACUCAGUGCCAAUUACCGUAAUAAGACUCGGUCUAUCAUGACAAUCAAUGAAGCAACAGCAGCUUUAAGUACUGAUUUAUCUGUGAAAUUUGCCGCAGGAGUUGCACUCUGCUCAAACACCAUAUUAACACUGGGGACCGAAAGACACCUUCAUUUCUUCAAAGCAGUUUGGAAUGGUGAGAUUUUGAGCUGCCUUGCAUUGACAGAGGUUGAACAUGGAAGCAAUACAAAGAAAAUGAGGACAACUGCAACAUACGAUCCUUCCACUCAAGAAUUUAUAAUUCAUACCCCUGAUUUUCGUGCAGCAAAAUGCUGGGCUGGAAAUUUAGGAAAGACAUGCACACAUGCAGUCCUAUUUGCACAACUUGUCACUGCUGAUGGUGUCUGCCAUGGUCUUCAUGCUUUCAUGGUGCCCAUCCGGAAUCCCAAGACACUGAUGCCGUACACAGGCAUCAUAGUUGGUGACAUGGGAGAGAAGAUUGGUCUCAAUGGAAUUGAUAAUGGGUUCAUCAUUUUCCAGAAUUACAGAAUUCCAAGAGAAAAUCUACUAAACAGAGUUAGUGAUGUAACACCAGAAGGAGAGUAUGAAACGUUUUUCACAAACCCACAGCAACUAUUAGGUGCAUCUUUAGAAAACCUGUCUGCAGGACGAGUUGGUAUAAUGCAAGAAAGCGCAAAUACACUGUGUCACUCUGUCUGUAUUGCUGUAAGAUACUCGGCAAUAAGAAAGCAGUUUGGCCCUGAUGAAAAUGAGGAACUUCCUAUCCUGGAGUACCAGUUGCAGCAAUGGCGUUUGUUACCAUAUGUGUCGGCUGCCUGUGCCCUGAAAGUAUUUGUUUCAUCUUUCACUGAUCAGUAUUUGGACUGUGUUGAAGAAAGUAACUCAGGAGGAAAACUUAGGAGACUUAAUGCAAUGGUGUCGGAGAUCCACGCUAUGGUCUCGGCUUCCAAACCUCUUAUUACAUGGACGUGUGCCUACGCAUUGCAGGAAUGCCGUGAAGCAUGUGGUGGAAAUGGAUAUUUAAAAGCAUCAGGACUUGGAGAGCUAAGAAAUAAUCAUGAUGCAAAAGUGACCUACGAAGGUGAUAAUAAUGUAUUAUUACAACAGACAAGUAAUUGGUUAUUAAGGCAGUGGAGGCAAGUCCAAGAAAAUAGUUCGUCUCCAGAAGUUGCAUCGCCUCUUAAAUCAGCAUAUUUCUUGUUACAUGCGAAAGAUAUAUUAAGUAAACAGUUCACUGGCUCCUGCUUGGAUGAUGUUCUGAGGCAUACAUUUGUGAAAGAGAGUUUCCAGUGGCUGAUAUGCUGGCUCCUGAAUGUUACAGAACAUAGGUAUCAGACAUACUUGAAGAACUGUGAAAAUAAUUUUACUGCAAGGAAUAAUGUACAAGUUUAUUUUGCAAGGACAUUGUCUGUUGUAUAUGCUCAGAAUAAUGUGUUGGUUUACUUCUGGCAAAAGUGUAAUGACCUGAAUGUAGAAGAACAGCUGAAACCAGCUCUAAUUAGAAUGUACCUGUUGUAUGGUCUCUGGUGCCUGGAAAAACAUUUAGUUAUUCUGUAUGAAGGUGGUUAUGCACAAGGACCAAAAGUGGCAACUCUUGUGAAAGAAGCUAUCCUCCACCUGUGCCACCAACUUAAGGAUGAUGCUGUGGCCAUUGUUGAUGCUCUGGCCCCACCAGAUUAUAUCCUUAACUCUGUUCUUGGAAAGUCAGAUGGGAAGGUGUAUGAUAAUCUCCAGACAACGUUUUUCCACAGUAAUGGAGCAAUGGGAAGACCAUAUUGGUGGAAUGAAGUUGUGCCAAAGCAAAUAUCUAAAUUAUAAUGAAAGUUAUUCUCGUUCCAUAAGAAUGUUUUCAUUACCGUGAAAACGUUAUGCUCAUAUUUAUUGUUGUUUCAUAAAAAUUGUCAUUAUCUUACCUGAUCUCAUGCUGUAUAAUAUUUUCAAUACUGUAUUUUAAAUGUAUAUAUUUAUUUGGAAUUGCUGUUUAUAGUUACCAAAUAUUUGUCUUUAUACCAGUUGUUCUUAAAAGAUUCUACAUCAUCAUUUGUUCUUUUGUAUUCAUUUCAAGCACAAGACUCACUACAUCUAAUAUAAACAUUGGUGAAGCUCUUGUUCUUUCUCAAUCAGGGUUUCUACUGUUUACAUACUCUGCAGUGAGGAGAGAGAGUGUUAUGUUAUAGCAUUGUAGCUUGUGUGUCGUAGUUGUAUGCCAUGUCUUAUUCUCAUACAGAUCAUGGAAGAUUGAUAGAUAUGAAUUUUGUGUUGUCAGAAACUCAUUUCUUGUUAUUCAGGCAUUCAGUCAUGAGCAAAAUAAAAGGGCAAUAUAACAAAUAA